UGAGCAGGCUGAAUACUCUAUAACGACUUCGUUCUGUUCAGACGCGUUUUGGUAGUUGCUCGGUGAAGGAUCCUGUAAAGAAGUGUAUCGAGAAUUUCGAAUCCCGUUCCUUGUUGUCGCAAAGUAAACACUCAAAAUGUUGUCUCUCUUCGCUAGAAGAUGUUUGGGAACCGUGGGAUUCCGAGUACUUCCCAAGCCGUGUAAUUAUUCUACGCAAAUUGGAGAAAACCGAGCUGACAAAGGGCUAGUUCUUGGACUUUACGAGCAAGAAAUCGACACCGAGGAGCCUCGCCUUUCCCCGACCGCCAUUCAUUUCGAUGCGAAAACCGAUGGGCAACUUUUGAACCUCAUCAAAGAAUGCAACUUGAAGGGAAAGUUGGGCAGCGUUAAGGUGUUCAACAAUCUCGACCCGGAAAUCGGUUCCAUUGCCGUCGUCGGUUUGGGCAUCGAGGGUGCCGGCUUUAACGAGCUCGAAAUAAUAGACGAAGGUAUGGAGAAUGUGCGCAUUGCUGCCGGUAUCGGUGCGAAACAGCUAGCGAACGAAGGCUGCACCCAGAUUUACGUGGAUCCGAUGGACUAUCCGGAACAGGCGGCGGAAGGCAGCGGUCUGGCAACAUGGCGUUAUCAGGCCAACAAAACGAAGAAGGAUCGUAAAGCCAUACCGAAGCUCGAUCUGUACGAUUCGGCCGAGGUGGAUGCGUGGACGCGCGGUCUGUUCAAGGCGGACGCCCAAAACUUAGCCCGCAGCCUGUCCGAUGGUCCCGGCAACCAGAUCACACCGACGUCAUUCGCGCAGGCCGCGGUCGAUGCGCUCUGCCCGUGCGGUGUAAACAUCGAGGUGCGCAACAAAGAUUGGGCGGAGGCGAAAAACAUGUCCUGCUUUCUGUCCGUCGCCCGAAGCUCGUGUGAGCCACCGAUCUUUCUCGAGAUCAGCUACUGCGGUGACGAUAAGUCGGGCCGUCCGAUUCUGCUCGCCGGCAAGGGCAUGACGUUUAAUAGUGGCGGACUUUGCUUGAAGCAUCCGGAAGAUAUGGCCAAAUAUCGGGCGAGUAUGGCUGGUGCUGCUACGGUCGUUGCUACGAUCCGUGCCGCUGCUGCGUUGUCAUUGCCGGUCAAUUUGGUUGGAUUGAUUCCGUUGUGCGAGAACAUGCCGUCGGGUAUGGCAUUUAAGCCGGGCGAUGUUAUUACGGCCAUGAACGGGAAGACGGUCGCAAUCCACGAUACGAACAAUGCUGGUCGCCUGAUGUUGGCUGACGCUUUCAUCUACGGACAGACCACCUUUAAGCCGAAAAUUGUUGUCGACGUAGCAACACUUUCGGAUGGUAUCAUCCAUGCGCUUGGUGGAGCGGCGAGUGGUGUUUUCUCAAACUCGGACUUCUUGUGGUCCCAGGUACAGAAAGCGGGCGCGAUUAGUGGAGAUCGUGUAUGGCGUAUGCCACUGUGGCAGUACUACACGCACAAAGUCACCGAGUACAGCAACGUAGACAUCAGCAAUGCAGGUCGUGGCAAGGGAAGUGCCUGUUUGGGAGCAGCUUUUCUGAAGGAGUUCGUCCCGUGCGUCGAUUGGGUACAUAUGGAUAUUACCGGUGUUGGCAUGCUGAAGCGUGGAGCCGGUAUUCCGUAUCUGGAAAACGAUCGCAUGACAGGCCGUCCCACACGAACACUCAUCCAGUUUCUUUACCAACUGGCUUGUCCCGAGCAGCAGAAGCAAAGCCUUAUCGAGAAGAAGGUUGGAAUGUAAGUCGGAGAAAUUCGAUACUACUUACUAGAAUGUUCAGGCGAUCAGUAAACAUCAAAAUGCUAGCAAAAAAUUGUAUUCCACCCAGCUCCCAAUAAAACUCACCUCUUCAAAAACCCUUA